AUUUAUUUGUAACUUUAAUCUCUAUCAUGGGUAAUAAUUUAACAGUUUUUUGGAUAAAUCUUUGAAAAUAUUUUAUUUCUAAUGUACAAUAUUUUCUCAACGCCUCUAGAGAUGAUGAACAUAUUUUAAGAGGCUUUAAAUGUAAACAGAUCUGGAAAUUAAGAAUUAAAAUGUUAAUUAAAUGUAAGACUAAAGGAACGCGGGUGAAGGGUGUUGUGUUUCAUCCACGCCUUCACUUUCUGCUGGCCUCUAUGCACUCUGGAGAUAUCCAGAUGUGGGAUUACUUAAACUCUACGUUAGUGGAAGUUUUCUCAGAACACGAGGGGCCGGUAAGAGGCAUAGACUUCCACCAGGAACAGCCGCUUUUUGUCAGUGGCGGAGACGACACAACGGUGAUCGUAUGGGACUUUACACAGAGAAAGAAGUUAUUCGUCCUCUCUGGGCAUUUGGAUUAUGUCAGAACUGUGCAAUUUCACACCAGUUACCCGUGGGUAAUGUCUUCCUCAGAUGACCAGACUAUAAGGAUCUGGAACUGGCAAUCGAGAAGUUGUAUAACAGUAAUUUCCGGCCACAAUCACUACGUAAUGAGUUCACUGUUUCAUCCUACGGAGAAUUUAAUUAUCUCCUCAAGUCUAGACCACACGGCGAGGAUUUGGGACAUUACCUACCUAGUGGAGAAGAAAUGCUCAAUUAAGCCUCCAGUUCAGAGUCAGAGUAACUUUUACAUGGGUGAGGCUGGCACCAUGGGAAACACAUUUGAAAUUGAAGUCACAGGCGUUUCAGACGUUAUUUGCCUUCACACUCUGGUAGGCCACUCGAGUGGCGUUAACUACGCCAUUUUCUUCGGAACUAACCUGGCAAUAACAGCGGGAGACGACUGCACAGUCAGAGUUUGGAGAUAUUCACAAUAUUCCUUUUAUCAAACUAAUAUCCUACGAGACCACGAGGAUAAUGUCACAUGUCUACUGCUGGUUAAGGAUUAUUUACUGAGCACUUCUGAGGACCACUCGAUUAGAAUUUGGGACCUCAACACCUACGCCCUAGUACACACUUAUUUAAUGGACGAUGACAGAUUUUGGACAAUAUCCAAGUCUAAGCAUAAUAAUUAUAUCACUGCGGGGCAUGACGCCGGGUUGAUUGUGUUCAAGUUGUAUAAGGAGCGGCCACUGAUCGCCCUGGGACCAGCUAGGGAAAAAUCAAUCCUCUACUACGUCUGGAAUAAUAAUUUAUACGCCAGUAAUUUGGAAAAGGAGUGUGAAUCUUUUAAUAAAGAGUUGUUACAAUGUUCUGGCGCUAAUGGAACCAAUGUUAAAACUAAGGAGCCGGAUAUGAAUUUGUUAUACUACAAAUGGCUUGAAAGUAAUAGUAACAACAACUUGGUAAGUAACUACCACGACCAUGAGAAUAAGCUGGUGUUCCAGUGUCCAAGCGGUAAUUACAUAAGCCAGCGUACGCUGGUGGGAACAGUCUCGGAGGAGAGGAGAAUAGUCCAGGCCUCAAAGUUAUUCCUAAACAACUAUUCCAAGGACAGGAUCGUACUCUGUUUGCUGUAUAAAAUUAAUAAAACCAGUUACAUUGAACUGUUCUCAUACCACAGAGGACAGCUGGAGUAUUCAUUUAAAAGACUCUGCAACUCAGCCGCUUUCAUUAACUCUAACCAGAUCCUCGUCGUUGAUAAGACGCUCCUAAUUUAUAAUAUCAACGGCGAUCUAAUCUCCGAACUUAACAUUUCAACCAAUUUGUCCAAUGCAUCAUCAAAUUUGUCAUCACAUAGUCAAAUGUCAUCAAAUUUACAACAGAAUUUGUCAAAUUCGUCAAAUAUGUCAAAUGUGUCAAAUGUGUCAAAUGUGUCAAAUGUAUCAAAUGUGUCACAGCAGUUGUCCCAGAACCAAUCUCACUCCGUAACGUCUUUCCUGGACAAAGAUUUGAAUAAUUUAAAGGUCUUUAGUGUGAGUCUGGAUGUUUUAUUAUUUUUCUGUCCGAAGAAUCAGUUGUUGUGUCUGUAUAACGUGAGUUCCAGGAGCCAGAUCAACGUGGUUAACGCGCCGUAUGGCAAGUUAUUUGACGUUAUCGUUAACAGCUACGGCUUCAUCUGCUGCCUGUUCAGCAACUUUGUAGUCAUCUAUGACCGCAAACUCAAUCGCAUCACUUACAAACAACAAUUCAACAGAAUCAAAUCCGGAGUCUGGGACCACAACACAGCCGUCAUCUACUCCACAUACAAUCAAAUACAUUAUUUGUUGAUAAAUGGCAGUUUUGGAGUGUUGUGUACGAUGGCGUCGCCGACGUAUUUGAUUAAGGUGAGUGCGGUGUCUGAGGAUAAGCGGGUUUUGUACCUGAUUAACAGGCAGCACAGGUGUUUUAAACAAGUUUUAGACUCGCCAGAUUACCUGCUAAAGUACUCACUGCUGGUUAAUAACAUGGAGAAGGCUAAUUCGUUAGUUGAUUCUGGCCAGCUGUUUGGCAGAUUCACGUGCUCGUACUUGAUCAAUAAUUGCAAGUACGGACUCGCCAGGAAGUUACUCAACGAUGAUAAUUUGAACAAGUUCUACCUCUCCGUACAGUUUGGAGACCUUCAAAACGCACUCAACGACGCCAAAAUUAUCAACAACAAGGCGAUAUGGAAUUACUUGGGCGAUGUAUCACUGGAGUUAGGCAACGUAACAAUUGCGGAACUAGCAUACCAAAAGUCAAAACAAUACAACAAACUAACACUUCUAUACCUCGUCAUCGGUGACUUGGGGAAGUUGAGAAAGAUGUUAAACAUUUGUAAAAUACACAACGACAAAUCGUUGAUACUAGUUCACGCACUUUAUUUGGGCGACAUGGAAGAGUUGAGUAACGUGCUGUGUGAAAAUGGACAUGAACAGCUGUCCAACAUAUGCAACGCCACAUAUCAAAUCAAUAACUGGAACCACGAACACUCAGAAAAUACAAACGCCAAAUACCUAGUACCACCAAAACCCAUCAACAGGUUGGAUGGUGAGAUGUUGAAUUGGGCUGUGAAUUUCAUCGAGUCUGAUGAGUCGAAAUUUGACAUUAACGAAAUUGUGGAGUUUACCAGGCAGGAGGCAAAGAAAUCAGACUCAGCACACCCGGGAACUAAUCUACUCGAACAACAAAUGGCAGACCUACUCGUAACACCAAGAACCGAUCAUAAACCCCAUCACGGAGCUGAUCACGCAGUUGUAUACACCAAACCACUACACACACAGGAUCCACUGUACACUACUGAUCCACUAUACACACAGGAUCGGUUAUACACACAGGACCAACUAUACACUACAGAUCCUGUGUAUACUAAGGAACGUGAGUAUACGAGACAAGUGGUUAGAGCAGAUGAGACAGAUUUGUUUAAUGAGAUUUUGGAGGGUACGCAGGACUUAUCACCGGUUUUAAAGGGCGCUGUGAAUCACUUGGAUCAAUCAGAUGAUAUUUGGGACUCUGUGCGAGAUGAGGUCCCAAAUGAGCAACGGCUAUUCAUGUUCCUGAGCCAGAAAAAUUAUACCUCAGCACUUAACUUUUUGAAUCACAUGUACGGAGAAGUGAACGCACACCUGCUAAAGUCCACACUACAAAGCUCCGACUUCACUCAAUUCCAGUCAAUUCAACAAAUUAAUCAUCAACCACUACUCAACCAGAAAAUGACAACCGCUCUAACACAUUUCCAAAACGCUGAAUUUGGGCGUUGUUGUGACUGUUUGAGUGAUUUGUUGCGUGAGUUAUUUUUGUACAAAUCACUUAGUUUGAAUGUUUCUGGGAUUAUGGAGCGCUGUUACUGGUACGCUUUGGCGGUAAGGCUUGAGCUGGAGCGCGAUUCCGUGUGUCAAGCUGACCCUAGGCGAGGUUUACAGCUGGCGGCGUACCUGACCUGCUGUAAACUUAACCCGAGUCACCAGUACUUAGUGCUCAGGAAAACCGUAGGACUCAUGUGGAAGGCAAAAAAUUACCAGACUGCGGCCUUACUGGUGGAUAGAAUUUUAAAAUUGGACACGGCAGAGUUCGAAUUCGACCAGGCGGAAAUGGACAAGGCCAAGAAGAUCCACACACUCUGCCUCCAAAAGGGCACGAAUUUGUACGAUUUAGACUUUUGCACAGAGGAUUUCAGUAACCUCCAAAUCUGCACAGUCACACUCGAGAAAAUUCACAUGGAACCCACCGUCACAUGCCUCUUCUGCGGAGCUUACGCACUCAGGAAAUACCUCAACCAGUUCUGCAAACUAUGCCAAAUCCUCAAACUCCUCUAAUACCCUCUAAUAACACUACUUUACACAACUUUAUACACGCGUAAUUUACAGUAAUUUAUCAACUUUAUACCCAGAUUAUAUAACUUUAUAAGGGUAAUUUACAGUAAUUUGUACUCAAUUUAUAGGCGUAAUUUACAGUAAUCUACAGUAAUUUAAGCUAAUUUAUCAACUUUAUAAGGGUAAUUUAAGGUAAUUAAUACGUGAAAAGUGAAUUUACAUGUAAUAGAUUAAAUCUAUUGGUUUUAAGGUGUAGGUUUGGGUCAGUGGUAAUGCCUGAAUGGCCUGAGCCUGGGCGUCUUCGGUGACACGUAAGGCUUCAGCUAAAACAUCAUUAAAGCGUGAAAGUUACAUUCUCAUUCAUGACCUCAGGGACAUGCAAAUUCGGGACCAACAUCUUAUUUAUCAAGAAAAAUCCUACACACCCACACAUCCACACAUUAAUCA